CAUUGUUAUUGUCAUCACUAUUGCAUUCACAUUGUUGCUGUGCGUUCCGAUUUAAUUACUUUUCGUUUCGUUUAUUGCCUUUAAAUACUGUGAAAUAUGAAAAUUUACAAGCAGAAACUACGCGACGUAUGGCUGCAAAUGGAGGAGUUCCGAGCGUGGUUGCGCCGGGAUCCGGACGACUCUUAUCGCGCGCAUUGCCGCUUCUGCAAGUGCUGCGUUAAUACAAAAAUCAGCGAUCUGCGUGCCCAUGCAGCGACUAAAAAGCAUAUGAAGCACUUAGAUCUCAAACCUCAUCUGAAACCCGCGGACGACAGUCACCUGAAUAGGUCAUCUGCAAGCAGUUCCAACGCCACUCCUUACAAAGCCAAAACGAAGGCCCAGCCCAAAACGCCGACGGUCAAGAAGGAGAAAUUGGGUUCCUCGGACCAAUCCGUUGACUACGAGCAGAUCAUUGAGAAUUUGGCCUUAUAUGAACCGGAGCAGGUCAUGUUCUCGAAUUGCUCCUUGACUGGUGGCGGUGAGCAGCGACUGGAGGACGAAGUUGAAGGCGAGGGAGAGGUGUCCACCAUUAACAUCAUGGAUGAGGACAUGGUUAACAAGGCGGUAGCCAAUGCCCUUCGUACUCAAAAGGAUAGUUCCCAGAUUUUCGGCGACUUUGUGGCCGACCGACUCCGCCAGUUGAACGCGGACGCCUCGGAAUUCGCCAAGGACAAGAUCAUGAAGGUUAUUCUAGAAGCAGCGUCCAUUGAUCGGGCCCCCACCUACAAUUAAUUUGAAAGGCAUAUAUUUAGUUUUUAGUAUUGACUAUAGUUUGAAUGAAAUAUGAAUUGUACAAUUAUGAUAAAUCGAAUAUGCGAUUUUCGAAAACAAACAACAAUUUUAGAAAUUAAGAAUAAUUUGAGGACACGAAAUUCGGAAUUCUUUGUAUAAAUUUAUAAUUUUUAUUUGUAAUAAGGGUUUAUUAAUUUUUGAAAUAAAACUGCAAUAAAAAACUAUGUAACUUUUCAUAACAAAAUGAAAAAUGUAUCAAUAAAAUAAUUUUUAACAUCCAAA